AUGGUCUUGAACCACGUCCCUAUUACCUGGACUGACGAGCAAAGCGCCGAUAUAGCUCGUAGAAGCAAUAUACGAGAGUUAUUAUACACCAACUAUUCUGGACCGGUACGAGCAUCACAGGCUUCUCUUAACGACUUCCGCGACUGGACCGUGGACCAAGUCGUCGCGCUGUUCCAUGACUACCCACCACUACAAGGCCGACGCCUGUAUCCCUUGGGACCAGAGUCUCGCUAUCCACCGCCAGGAAAUCAGCGCUUCUAUCAGCUGGCCGGCAAAGUGGCGAUAAUGGGCAUUGCGAACGCAUUGGCCUUGGCCACCUCACCCUUGACCAUACCACGGCUGUCGAAAGCGCAGCGAAAAGAAGCGAUAUCAGGGCUUGUAGAUGUAAACAAGCAAAUGGUCAGCUCGUCCCUCUUCGUCUCCGCCCCUCCGCACUUGAUGGAAGAGGCUGGACGACGAAACCAAGCCUUGUGCGUAAACAAGUGGGGACAGUUUAGAAUACUCGGUUCAUCUUACGCGGCUAUCUCGCAUGUGUGGGCUGAGACAAUGGGCUUGGAGUUCAACGAUGAAAAGAUUGAGCAGGAUGAGCGGGGACUUUUGAUGUCGCACUUCAACAAGAUCAUGAGCAAGGCGCUUCAGUGCGGUCACGAGUGGAUAUGGUUCGAUCUGUUGGCCAUCCCCAAAAGGUCGGGUCCCGGCAGUAGCGACUCCCGUUUGACGCAGAUCAAAACCCUCAUAAUCAACAGUCUUCACUCGGUGUAUCGCAACGCAGAUGCAGUUAUUGUGUUGGAUUCUUUCGCUCUGAAUCUCCCUUCUGGUGAUCCUCUGCGGGUCGCUGCAGUUCUAACCUGCGGGAUGUGGUUGACACGCAUCUGGACUUACCAAGAAGCGAAGCUCGCCAAGCGGGCGCUGAUAGUGACUGCUACACAUGUAGUCAGCUUCGUAGACAUCCUUUCCGCUCUGCAACAGCAAGCUCAAGUCGAACCAAGAAGAUGGGAUACACUUUGGAAACAAUUCGAGAGAUUGCAGCCCAUCCAAGAUAUUGGGAUUAAUCUGGCAGACAUUGCACUCUCUUCUACCAAUCGCAAUACUGAAAAUGAUGUCGACUACGCGCGCGGCUUCUACGCACUACUGGACCUACAAUGGCAGCCGAACUGGACAUACGAAGACGGCAUCAUGCAUAUCUACAGCUCUCGACCGCAAGAAGUGGCCAUGCUAGCUUCCAUGCAUAGCCUACGUGGUCUCCCACAGCCAUUCUCUUGGGCUCCAAGAUAUCUUGCCCGGGAACAGGGCAUAAGCAAUGCAGCGUACUUUUAUACAUUCAAUGGCUCUGGCCUUGUCGGUCCGUGGUACACAGCAACUGUUCGAGAGUUAGCUCACACUGCAUUCUAUGGUGAAGCCGAUGCGGAAGCAGAAGAGGACCACAAGUUGGCCUUGCAGCUUCAUGUCGACGACAUAGGGGGCAAGUCUAUAUUAGUCUCGGUGGUGACAUGGGAUGUGAAAUGGACUCCCGAGCUGGUCACCUGGGUUAACCUCAUACCUACUGGUAACGCAAGGAUCAUAUGCCCAGACGCAAUGUCUUCUUACGAGGCGGUCGAUUUCCCUUCCGUCUUGCUUGCUAUACAAAGACCUAAUGUUACCUCAUCGCAGGCUCAGCAGGCUUUUGGCGAUGUACUCGCUAGCGCGAUUUUGGUUGGCGGGCACGUUACAGCACCACAAGUUCAGUGGUUGCUGGCUUGA